ACAAAUUGCAGAAACACCCUCCCCAUUUGUCGCUGCGACGGCGGCGACGGCGACGGCGACACCGCAGAUCUCCCCUCGUCCUAGGGCUCCGGCGAUCUCGCUGGGGAGAUGGAGCUUUGGAACAAGCUGCGGAGCCUCGACGCCUACCCGAAGGUGAACGAGGACUUCUACAGCCGCACCCUCUCCGGCGGCCUCAUCACCAUCUUCUCCUCCAUCGCCAUCCUCCUCCUCUUCUUCUCGGAGAUCCGGCUGUAUCUAUAUUCUGCUACAGAGAGUAAGCUCACAGUUGACACCUCAAGAGGAGAAAGGUUACAUAUCAAUUUUGAUGUUACAUUCCCGGCUCUUCCUUGCUCUCUUGUUGCUAUUGAUACGAUGGAUGUCAGUGGAGAGCAACAUUAUGAUAUAAGGCAUGAUAUAAUAAAGAAAAGAAUCGAUCAGCUUGGUAAUGUAAUUGAAUCAAGAAAAGAUGGAGUUGGUUCCCAUAAGAUCGAAAGACCACUGCAGAAUCAUGGUGGAAGGCUUGACCACAAUGAGGCUUACUGUGGGUCUUGUUAUGGUUCCGAAGAGUCAGAUAAUCAGUGUUGUAACACCUGUGAUGAAGUUCGUGAUGCCUAUCGGAAGAAAGGAUGGGCACUCACUAACGUAGAAUCAAUUGACCAGGUAUUGAAGAAUCGAUUUGUUCAAAGGUUAAAGGAUGAACACGGCGAAGGAUGCAACAUUCAUGGAUUUGUAGAUGUGAAUAAAGUAGCUGGAAAUUUUCACUUCGCCCCUGGAAAAGGCUUGGACCAUGCAUUCAACUUCCUUCAAGACAUGUUAAACUUCCAGCCAGAAAAUUACAAUAUAAGUCACAAGAUAAACAAACUGUCUUUUGGCAAAGAUUUCCCUGGUGUCAUCAAUCCUCUUGAUGGUGUAGAAUGGAAACAGGAGCAGACAACUGGGUUAACAGGGAUGUACCAGUAUUUUGUUAAGGUUGUCCCUACUAUCUAUACAGAUAUUAGGGGUCGAAAGAUUCACUCAAAUCAGUUCUCUGUGACGGAGCACUUUCGAGAAGCAAUUGGCCUUCCAAGGCCCCCACCUGGUGUAUAUUUCUUCUAUGAAUUUUCACCAAUUCAGGUUGACUUUACUGAAGAAAACACAUCGCUUCUUCACUUCCUGACGAACAUAUGUGCUAUCAUUGGAGGCAUAUUCACUGUGGCCGGCAUCCUAGAUUCUUUCGUGUACCAUGGUCACCGUGCGAUAAAGAAGAAGAUGGAGAUCGGAAAGCUUGGAUAGUUCCCAGUCCAGCACAUAGCCAGUAAGUAGGUGGGUAGUCAAAAACUGAGUUUAACAUGUGCUUGCCCUGAAAAGGUGUGAGAAGAGAGCUCAGGAGGAAUUUUGGCCAGUAUUGUAUUGAAUCUUUUACUCACCCGAGUUUUUCUAAUUAUAUUCGUUCCCAGACCCUAGACGUUCAUUGUGUAAGCAAUCACGUUGUUUGUCGUAUAGGUAAACUCUACUGUAACAUACUCAAAAACCUUGUUGAAAACUCUACUUUGUUCUGUUUUCCACCA